CAAUUUACCUAUAUAAACAACAUAAGACUACUGUUUCACUCACAUAUCUCCAUCUCACAAUCCCAAAUCCAAAACCAAACUCUGAUCAUCAUCAAGAAAAAAAUCGAAGAUCAUCAACAUCAUUAAUGGCUUAUCCUUACCCAUAUCAACAGCAACCACAGCCCUCCGCCUCCGCCCCUAUGCCGGCGGUUCCCACCACCGUGUUUGGCCCACAGUACUGUGCUCCGUACCCGGUGGAUCUGGCUAUCGUUAAGAAGGUCAUGACCAUUUCCGACGGAAACUUUGUUGUCACUGACAUCAACGGCAACAUCGUCUUCAAAGUUAAGGGCUCUCUCUUAACGCUCCGUGAUCGCCGUGUCUUGAUCGACGCCGCCGGCAACCCCAUCGCCACUCUACGCCGCAAGAUAAUGACUGCACAUGAUCGCUGGCAAGCUUAUAGGGGUGAGAGCACAGAGGCCAAAGAUCUCAUCUUUACUUUGAAGAGAUCGUCACUGAUCCAGUUUAAGACCAAAUUAGAUGUGUUUUUAGCCACUAACACCAAAGAAGACGUUUGUGAUUUCAAGGUUAAAGGGAGUUGGUUUGAACGAUCUUGCGUUGUUUAUGCUGGAGAAUCUAACACCAUUGUUGCCCAGAUGCAUAAGAAGCACACUGUUCAGAGUAUUUUGAUUGGGAAAGACAAUUUCACGGUCACGGUAUAUCCCAACAUUGAUUAUGCGUUCAUAGUGGCGCUUAUUGUGAUUCUGGAUGAGAUUAACGAGGAUGAGAAGGCUGAAUAAAACAAUGUAAUAUGUAAUGUUAGCGCAACCUGUUGUACUCUUUUGUCAAUAGUACUGCAUUAGGGAGAAUUACACUCUUCUCACAUAGGUUUGUCAUUAUUACAUGGAUAUUUUUGCAAAUUCUUUUCUUUAUAUAUUAUUUAAAAUAA